GGGUAAAAAAAAGGAGAGGCUAGGGUAGAAUAAAGCGAGCUGGAGGAGAGAAAGAGGAAAGAAAGACGGCAGUGCUGCUGGGAAAAAAAGGAGUGAGGACAAAAUUGAAUUGUAGAUUGAGGGAGCCGCUCUCCUCCUUCUUUCCCUCCCUCUUUUAUUUAUCUCAUGUGAAGCCACGCCUCCCUCCUUUCACUUGUCAGUGCAUCUAUAACAGUGAGCUGUCUGCACCGGGCUGCGUGGGGGGUGAGACCAGCUCCACACACAGAGGACAGACCGGACAGGACUGGAUGGUACCGAACCCGUCAGGACAGAAUUUGGACAAAGUUGGACAUCUGUGGGAGAGGAGAACAUCAGUGAAAGCUUGUUUAGAAGGUUGAGUGAGGGCCCUGCAGAAUCCUGUGUGGCGCAGUGUGAAACGACGAGCCAAGGAGGUGACUGAAGAGGUGACUGCAGGGUGCCGUGAUGGCGGGGCGGCGGUUGUCCGCCCCUCUCCCUUUCCUUCUACUUCUCCUGCUGGGAGUCCUCCCGGGAGCCGAGUGCUCUGGAUACCUGUCUGGCUAUCGCCUCAGGUCUCGCCUGCAAAGGGACCGCCACAUCCGCAACAUCCGACCGAACAUCAUCCUCAUCCUGACUGAUGAUCAAGAUAUAGAGCUCGGCUCAAUGCAGGCUAUGAACAAAACUCGUCAUAUUAUGGAGAAAGGCGGCACACAUUUCUCCAACGCUUUCUCCACCACACCAAUGUGCUGCCCGUCCCGCUCCUCUAUCCUGACAGGAAAGUAUGUGCACAACCACCACACCUACACCAACAACGAGAACUGUUCCUCACCCUCAUGGCAGGCUCACCACGAGCCAAACACCUUCGCCGUGCACCUCAACAGCUCCGGCUACAGGACAGCCUUUUUCGGAAAGUAUCUAAAUGAGUACAACGGCUCUUAUGUGCCCCCUGGCUGGAGGGAGUGGGUAGCUCUGGUGAAGAACUCCCGUUUCUACAACUACACCCUCUGUCGGAAUGGAGUUCGAGAGAAACACAGCAGCAACUACUCAAAGGACUACCUGACAGACAUCAUCACCAACGACAGCAUUAACUACUUCCGUAUGUCCAAGAGGAUGUACCCUCACCGUCCUGUCAUGAUGGUCCUGAGCCAUGUGGCCCCACACGGUCCAGAGGACUCAGCCCCCCAGUACAAUGCCGCCUUCUCUAAUGCAUCACAACACAUAACUCCCAGCUACAACUACGCCCCCAACCCAGACAAACACUGGAUCCUGCGCUACACGGGGCCGAUGAAACCAGUCCACAUGCAGUUCACCAACAUGCUGCAGCGCAGGAGGAUGCAAACCCUGCUGUCUGUGGAUGACAGUGUGGAAAAGAUGUACAACAUGCUGGUGGAGACGGGUGAACUGGAUAACACCUACCUCAUUUACACCUCAGACCACGGUUACCACAUCGGCCAGUUCGGUUUGGUCAAAGGCAAAUCCAUGCCUUAUGAAUUUGAUAUCCGUGUACCCUUCUACAUCCGAGGACCUAAUGUGGAGCAAGGGGCCGUUAAUCCUCAUAUAGUGCUGAACAUUGACUUGGCACCAACUCUGCUGGACAUGGCCAGUGUUGAUGUUCCAUCUGAUAUGGACGGCAAAUCUAUCCUCAAGCUGCUGGACACAGAAAGACCGGUCAAUAGGUUCCAUCUGAACAGGAAGAGUAAAACAUGGAGAGAUUCUUUCUUGGUAGAAAGAGGGAAGCCAUUGCACAAGAGAGCUGAUGGGAAGGAAAUGGCCCAGGAGGAGAACUUUUUGCCAAAAUACCAGCGGGUCAGAGAUCUCUGCCAGAAAGCAGAGUACCAGACGUCCUGCCAGCAGCCAGGACAGAAGUGGCAGUGUGUGGAGGACCCUACUGGCAAGCUGAGGCUGUAUAAGUGUAAAGGCAUGGCGAGUCUGUAUGCCCCGCGGAUGCAGGCGCUGAUGGCCAGCAGCAGCUUGCAGCUGCACAGCAGCCCGUCCACCUCUGACAGCUGUAACUGUGAAGACACUGGCUUCAGAACCGAUCUGAAGAAGAAGCGACUGCUCGCCAAGAAGAAUCCUUCUGUCUCGUCUUACUCAGAGAUGAAAGCUGCCCAGACCGUAUCUAGGAAACGCUGGACCCGCUCUGUGUCCUUUGAGCUGGAUGGAGAUCUGUAUGCAGUGGACCUGAAGGACGGCUACCGGCCCCUGAGCUCCAGAAACACCAGCUGGGCCAGAGACGGGCGGAGAGGAGCGGCCAGUGAGGAGGACAACGAGGAGUUCAGUGGCAUGGAAACAACUGCCAAACCCACCGCCAGCAGCAAACUCGCACCACCUCCUGCUCUGAAAGUCACAUACAGGUGCUCCAUUCUUAUGAAUGACACAGUCAAGUGUGAUGGAGGCCUCUACAAAUCCCUCCAGGCAUGGAAAGACCACAAACUGCACAUCGAGCACGAGAUUGAAACGUUGCAGACUAAAAUCAAGAACCUACGUGAGGUUAAAGGUCACCUAAAAAAAGUGCGCCCAGAGGAAUGUCAGUGUGACACACCCAGUUAUCCUCUCAAAGACAAAGUGAACUUCAGGUUUAACGCAGCACGUUUACACUCACUCAGAGUGGAAUCCAAACAGAAGAGUCAGUGGCUGCAAAAGGAGCAAAAACGCAGAAAGAAAAUACGAAAAUUCCUCAAGAGACUCCAGAACAAUGACACCUGCAGCAUGCCAGGGCUCACUUGCUUCACCCAUGAUAACCAUCACUGGCAGACUGCCCCCUUCUGGACAAUGGGCCCAUUCUGUGCAUGCACCAGUGCCAACAACAACACCUACUGGUGCCUCAGGACCAUCAAUGACACGCACAACUUCCUGUUUUGUGAAUUUGCUACUGGCUUCCUGGAGUAUUUUGACCUCAACACUGACCCCUACCAGUUGAUAAACGCUGUCAGCACCCUCGACCGCAGUGCUCUGAAUUCACUGCAUCAACAGCUCAUGGACUUACGUGGUUGCAAAGGUCAUAAGCAGUGCAACCUGGAGAAGGGUGGAAAAGAGCGAAAUUACUUCAGUGAAUACAGGCCGACUCAUCGUCGAAAGAGGCCGAAAGUGAAGAAGCCGUCCUCCAAAUCACUAGGGCAGAUUUGGGAAGGGUGGGUUGGUUAACCACUUUUUCCCCCACAACCCUCCACAUCAACCUUCUCCAGCAGUGGAAGACGGAGGAGUGCAGGUGAACCCAAGGACCUUGACCAUGCUACAAUGGACCAUAACCUGAGAUACCACUCUGCUCUGAUCGAACUUUUGACUUCUGAGAAAGCUGCUGAUUUUCAGAACAGUUCUGUCAGUCACCACCUCAGUCUCUCACACACACACACACACACACACACACACACACACACACACACACACACACACACACACACACACACACACACACACACACACACACACACACACACACACACACACACACACACAGAGAGACUGAGAGGAAGCUUCAAUGACACUCCAAGUGUCCACUUUUGGCUCACGCACAUUUAGACUCGGAUUAACCCUCAUCCCAAGAUGCCUAUCACCACACUUUGCAUCCUGUCAUCCAGGAUGAACGGUUUGUUGUCCACGGGGCAUUCAGUCUCACUGCUUGUAGAUAACGCGUGUCAGCUUUACUCAGCUUUUGUUUGUGUCACGUGGGUGGGACUAGAUGGAGACACGAAGUGCGUUACAUGUCAAUGCUGCUACACACAAAUGUCAUCGCUCAUGAUGUUGAUUAGCCGAAUCAUUAGCUCUUCCAGUGUGGUUUCUGUGCACCCAGCUUGUCUGCGCACAUAGAAGUGGUGUGGAGGUUUUGAUGACCAGUGACAGACUUUUCGCCAUAACCUUUUGUAUGAUAGUGAACCUAAACGCCGUUGAAUGUCCUCGAUGCAGCAUCACGCCUUCAUCUCAGCCGAGAGGUGAGGUGACAAAGAUUUUACCUGCCUUGAUCCUGUUACUGAACGGGAACACGCAAACCACUAUCUCACAGUUCAACAGAUUGCGUCAUUAUUGAUUACCAAUUUCAUCAUUUAUAUCGUCGAUACCACACUGUAGAAGUACCCAGAUAACAUGUCCAGCUUGCUAUACAUGGUGCUACAGGUUAACAAUACAGAAGUAAAUUUGCUGUACAUAACAGUAUGUAUUUGAAUGUAUGUUGUGCAAUUAAUAUAAAUGUUUACAAUAUUUUUUAUAAUACUGAAGAGUCAGACCUCGUUGUAUGAUAUAUGACAAAAUGACCUUAUAGAGAGAUGUGUAGCUUGAGAUGUUUCUUUGCCCGCAGUUUGUAUGUUUGACCUUUUACUUAUUUACAUUGGAAAAGCACUUAAAAGGUUCACUGUGAUGAGAUGUGCCGUGUGCAUUUAAUGGAUAUAUAGUGUACUUUGUGCCAGAGGAAC